CCUUUCUCUCUCCCCGUCUCCUCCCUCCUCUGCCGCUUUGCUUCCGUCACCAGCACGCCGUACUCUUCCACCUUUCCCCUUCCUUCCUCGCGUCGUUUUCUUUUCCUCCGUCUGCCCGCCCGUCGGCGUCAUCCUCACCCGAAUCCCGCAACCAAAUUUCGAACUCGCCACCGCCCAAAAAGGAUCCCACCUCCACGGGAUCGAAACCAACAGCCUCGAUCCAUCCAGCUCCUUUUUCUCAAGCCACAAGGGGGUUAAAACCCUAGCUGAAUUGGUCCUUCCGCCAUCUGGCCGCUGCCAGUUGCGUGCUCCGGAGGCUUCCAGCUCGUGUUCGUUGGACGGCGGCGGCGUGGUUGCGUGGGGGAGCCAGGCUCUCGGGCGAUCCUGGGAGCCGCGCGCGCAUGAGAGUACCGCAGAUGACAAGGGUCAUCCAUGACUCCGGAGAAGGCAUGCAGAAAGAUGCACUUGACAUGGUAUCAUCCGAUGUUAACUUCCCUAAGGGCCACUUUCCAGACUACAGGAUUGGGCCAAACAACCAAAUCAUUGACCCAGAGGAGACGCACGAGGUUGUGCCUUUGAAGGAGAUUGUUGCGAAAGAAACAACACAACUGCUAGAGCAGCGAAAGCGGCUAUCAGUGCGUGAUCUCAGGGAGAAGUUUGAAAAGGGUCUGUCUGGUGCCUCCAAGUUGUCUGAUCAGGCUAAGCGGCGAGAAGCAGCUUCACUGGACAGGCAGGUUCUUCUGAAGAAGCUCAGAGAUGUUCUAGACACGCUGAAAGGCCGUGUGGCUGGUCGAAACAGAGAUGAUGCUGAUGAAGCUAUCUCGCUGGUGGAAGCACUAGCAGUUCAACUUACUCAAAGAGAAGGAGAAUUAAUUUAUGAGAAGGCUGAAGUAAAAAAGUUGGCUAGCUUUCUCAAGCAGGCUACUGAAGAUGCCCGAAAGGUAGCCGAAGAGGAAAGAGCUCUUGCACUUGCUGAAAUUGAAAAAUCUAGAGCUGCAAUAGAAAAAGUUGAGAAAGCGUUGCAGGAGCAUGAUUCGGCAUCAAGUAGCAGAGAGAAGGAGGAGAUAGAGGAACUUAGGAAAGAGAUUCGGGAGGCUAGACGAAUAAAAAUGCUACACCAGCCAAGCAAGGUAAUGGACAUGCAGUUUGAGCUUCAGGGAUUGCGUACACUCAUAUCAGAGAAAACACAGCUUUGCAACCAGUUAAAGAAAGAGCUUGCCAUGAUCAAGAGGCUUGAACAAGAUAGCUCUAAACUCUUUGAGCUUGAAGGUUCUGAUACUCUUGGAUCACAGUUUCGUAUUGUCCCUCGAGUUGAUGGUGCUCCAGACAUCUCAAGCUGUCCAGCUCAGUGGUACCGUGUAAUUUCUGGAGGCAACAGAGAGCUCAUAUCGGGUGCAACGAAACUUACUUAUGCUCCAGAGCCAUUUGAUGUUGGCCAAUUGUUGCAAGCAGAAAUAAUUUUGAAAGCAGAUAAAGUUACGGUUCAGACAGACUGCCCUAUAAAUCCUGCUUCAGGACUGGAACAUUAUGUGGAGUCGCUAAUGAAAAGGGCAGAUAUUGAGUUCAAUGUGGUCGUCACCCAAAUGAAUGGGAAUGACUACGCAUCAAAAUCCGUCCAUGUAUUUCAUAUUGGAAAGCUGAGAGUAAAGCUUCGGAAAGGAAGGUCUACAAAAGCAAGGGAGUCAUAUUCCACCACGAUGAAGCUGUGUGGAAGCCGUGGUGGUGGUAAUGCUGCGGCCUGUGCAGUCUUUUGGCAAACUAGGAAAGGCCUAUCGUACACUUUAGCUUUCGAGACAGACAGGGAUGGGAAUGCUGCGAUUAUGCUCGCUCGGAAAUUUGCUUCCAAUUGCAACGUUGUUCUCACUGGACCAGGCGAUCAAGUCCACGGCGGUGGCUGAUAAACCAAUCACGCCUCUGGCUCGACAGCGCUGCGUAUGUAAUUAGGUUGUGCAUUUGGGUGCUUGUCUAUCUAUUUGUGAGAUUAGGAGGUUUGUACACGAGGAGGCUUUCCCCUUUGGACGCGUCCUGUGAAGGCAAUCUUUUUAUUUGCCUGCGUGCAGCUGUUAGCAAAUGCUCUAAAGAUGUGCAGCACACGUUGAUUCUAUAUUGUGUGUUACAUAUUCGUGACAGCUGAGAGAGAAAAAGGAAAGAGGCCUUUUAGUGCAGUGCUCAGGAGCUUUCCUUGAGUUAUUAUCAAGAAAUGUACAGAUGAGAGAACCGUUUCAUCAACGCUGUAAUUCUUGCCCUUUGCUGCGAGUAUGAUUAAUGAAUUGCACAUGCUUUAUA